GGUUUAUAAAUAAACUGCACAUUUUUAGGGCUUUCACCCAAAUCAGUCUCCGACCAUGCUCACUGGGCGCGAAAGCUUGCUCAGAGUCAUCGGCAAACGACGCCGUUUCCUCCCCAGCCGCCGAUCCGUCCUCUACGCCGCAGCCGCCUCGCCAUCUCCGAGUUGUUCGAGCAUAUGGGAGAGAGAUGAAAUGGUGGAGAGAGAUUCAGCUCAGCAAAGACCCGACGGCGAUGGCGAUGCUCCAGAAUCGGUGAAUUGCCCUGUUUGUGGGGCCCGACUUCCCGGCGCGGAUAAUGCCCUCAUCAAUUCUCAUGUAGAUGAUUGCCUUGCUCCUAAAGGAAGUAAGCGGAAACUGAGCCAGGUCACCCUUUUUCAGUUGAACUUCUCAAGGUCCAAAGCUAGAUUGCACUCUUCUCGCCCCGCCAAUGAUCGAGUUACUCCUGAUGGAGUGAGCACUGCAGAUACUGUUCAUAACUCGUCUGGGUUGGAUGGGUCUGAUGAGUAUGCUAACAAUGAUUCUGCUUAUUUGGGAAACGUUUCGAAUGCAAAUCCCGAAGAAGAUUUUAUUUCCAAAGGCACAAAUAGUGAUAAAUUUGCCUUGCCUUUGUUUCUGUCUGACAUUGAGGAGGGGCAUAAAGAUGGCGCGGAUGAAUUUUCGGAUGAUUAUGACAUGUCUAAGGUUGUUAUUCCAACUCUCAUUGUUGGGCGUAGGUAUGGAAGCAGAGAGUCAAUAGAUCCUCAAUCAAGGUUAUGCCUCUCUAGAGACCCUGAGAAUGUUAAGGAUCCAAAUGCUAUCAAGGUACUUUGUGUAGAUUGUGGAUCUGAUCGCAUGUUGGGAUAUAUACCGCGAGAGUUGGCCCAAUAUUUGUCUCCUCUAAUAGAGAAGUUCCACUUGAACUUUGAGGGCAGUAUCACUUCUGUGCCACAAGAUCCUCGAGCUUCUAUUCCAAUUCAGAUAGUAUGCACAAAUGUUGAAUUAUGUGACCAAAAAUAUUGCAAUGGCAUGCAAGAAUUUAAGACUUUAUGGAUAAAAGCUCUACGUGUCGUUGAACUUGCAAAAUCAAAUCCAUCUGGAAUGACCAGGUAUCAACGUAACCUGGAAUUGCUUAUACAAGAGGUGUUAAAGAGUAAUCGACAUCUUUUUACAGACAGCGAGGUGUCUUUCUUAGAAGCAUUUGACUCGCUUCCUAAUGAUAGUAAAAGACUUUUUGCUCGGCUAUAUACACGCAAAGGGCCCUGGUUUCGGAUGUCUAGUAUGUCAUAUCCUGAGAUAGCUGAUCACGACCAAGCACUAAAGGGGCUCGUAGAAGCUGGGUAUCUGUGCUCCUUUUUGCUAAGGAAUGAUCUAGAAGAGGAUGACUUAGAGGAAGCUUUUAACAUCCUUAAUGUUGAUGAGCUGCGGGAAGCUCUGCUACUGAUUAACAAGAAAUGCAGUCAUGGUACACGAAAGCAAGGCAUCAUCAAAUUGCUGCUAUCAUCAAACACAGGUGGUCCUUGUUCUGAUCUCCGAGGGUUUGUUCUAGCUAAAACUGGUUCUUGUGUAAAAGUAUCUCCACUUGCCGAACUUCUAGUAUGGCGAGCUGAGAGGCUUUUCUUCCUUAAUGGAGAACAGGACCUCUCAGCCUUUUUGCUUGUGGACUUAGGUAUUGUAAAAUAUCCUGCUUAUAGAUGUAUAAUCUCAGAGCCGAUUUUUCCAAAUAGGAGUGGCUUACUAUCUUAUGAAGAGGCUAUUGAAAUUUCACAAAUUAUGAUUGAAUCUCUUGAUGAGAACAACUUGGAGUUGGUCUUAAGAUGCAUAGAGAUAUCUGUUUCUUGCAUGUCAACAUGUUCGAAAGAGCAUACAUCUUCAACUGCUGGAUCAAUGGAUGCUUUUUUGUCCCACUUCUCAGCCUCAUGGGUAUACUCUAAGGUGGUCUUAUUGGGUGUGUCCUUUUUAGAGCGCGAGAAGAGGUACAAGGAGGCCAUCAAUUUACUCAGGCGACUACUAAAUGCAUUCAUUUCUGAUAGAAGAAGGGGAUAUUGGACUUUACGGCUUUCUGUUGAUUUGGAACAUCUUGGGCGUAUAGAUGAUAGCUUACAAGUAGCAGAGGAUGGUUUACUUGAUCCAUGGGUUCGUGCAGGUUCAAGAGUAGCCCUGCAAAGGAGAGUGCUGCGGUUGGGGAAACCACCCAGGCGCUGGAAAAUACCCAAUUUUUCUAAUUCUGUUAAUAGGAAGAUUUUUCAGGUUCAUGUUCAAGGAAAACCGUUGAAUUGUAAAAUAGGGGCGAAGAGCAUCUUUUACGGUGAAAAUGGAGAACGGUGUGGAGUAGAAGAGCUUGCACUACAGUAUUAUGCCGGGGAUGGAGGCGGUUGGCAAGGUGUACACACAGAGAGUGGCAUUUGGCUUACCAUCUUUGGGAUCUUGAUGUGGGAUAUUAUUUUUGCUGAUGUACCAAAUGUCUUCCGCACCAAAUUUCAAACUGCACCCUUGGAUCUUGAGACCGAUAGCUUCUACGAAACCAGAAAGAGCCUCAUAGAAGCACACUUGGAGAAAAUCCGAGAUGGCAUGGCAGAGGAGAUACUCAUUACAACGUGGGACUUGCACGUUGGAACAACCUGUCGAGGGGUAAACUGGGAGAAGCACUCAUUGGCUGAUCUUCGAGCCGCUGCAAAAUGCAUUGGAGGUGCAUGCCUUGCAUCCAUCUGCAGACAUCUGGCUCAAGGUUACCGCAGCUGGUCUAGUGGCAUGCCCGAUUUACUGCUAUGGCGUCUUGAAGACUGCUACAGAGGCGAAGCAAAGCUUGUUGAAGUCAAAGGCCCUAGGGACCGUCUCUCAGAACAGCAGCGCGCCUGGUUGCUCAUCCUCAUCGACUGCGGCUUCACUGUUGAGGUCUGCAAGGUAACUCCAAAUCCAGUAGCAACAUGACUGCCAUCAUCUUGGUCUUGAAAUCGCACCAGAAAUAAAGCAUGCUUAAGAUACUGAUAAAUACAACAUUUAUUUAUCCACAUAGAAGCACACAUGUCAUGUGUGCCAUUCUCAUCACCGUUAGUUGUAUUUGUAUAUAUAUAUAGCCAUAUAGGAAGAGAAGAAAUGAAAAGAAUACUAAUUGUCCAUUCUUGUUGUCA